GAAGUUGCUCCUAAGAAGAACCGCGAUUGCUUUUGAUUGGGCGCUCCUGACCCCCUUUUCAGCUCGCCCCCUUCCUUUCCAAGCAGCAGGACCACCCCAAAAAUCUCUCCCCCCCCCCCGUUUUCCUUAAAAGAUGAGCCUGGCGCGCCGGCCACGGUGAACGUGGGGACGGCGCUGCCCUUCCCCAGAGGCGCUCGCUUCCUCCGCCAUCGGGGAGUCGCUGCGGAGCUGCACUGGACUGAGCCUUUGGAUGGGGGCAGGAGGAGGUGCUAGCCGCCCCGCCACCCCUCCCUCCUCCGCCUCUCGCCCGCGAUUCCUGGAGGAGCCCGCUCCGCUCGCCCAGGCCCUGGGAGCAGGCUCCGGAAGCGCGCCACGGAGCAGCCGCGUCCAGCCAGUGUUUUGAAACAGUCGCGCAGGGCGCGGAGCGAGGAGGCGCGCCCGGCUGCGGCGCCGCGGCCGUUCCGCGGGCGGAGAGGCGGAGGAUGCCUUCCCGGCGGGCCGCGGCUCUCCGGCUGGGGCCGCUUCGCCCCGCAUGGUGACGCCGGCCGUUUUUCCUGGGGAUCCUCCGCGCUCCUUUGAAACCUGCCCCGCUCCCGGAGCGCGACGGGCUCGAUCGCCGCUCGGUCCUAUUAUUACUAAUAUUAGUAUUGUCAUCGGAGAGCGCCAGUGGUAUGCGUUGCCGGAGGUCACGUCCAAACCUCUCUCGCGCUCUCUCGGGGGGAACGCAGGCGCUUGCAGCUGCUUCGACGUCCCCUCCGCACUUACGAAUAAUAAUAGCCGCCGAUAGUGGAGCGCUCCAGGACCCGACGAUCAAUCGCGAGCCCGGGGCUUAUCGGUUUUAAGGACUCGCUCCCGGCUUGCCGCGGCCGGCCGUCGUUGGUGCUGGGUGAUUUUUUUUAAUUGUUUGGAUUUUUCUUGCCCCACCUCUCCGUGUUUCCGCCGCCCCCCUCUCUAUUUUUCAUGAAGCGGGGACUUCUCUCUCCAGAGCGACUAGACCCUCUCGCCACGAGCUCCCGGGCUGGAUCGCCGGCUGGAUUGCAGCACUAGCCAACGCGCGUGUGGACGGCUUCGUUUUAUUUCAGUCUGGGCGGCGGGCGUGCCUGUCCUGGGAGCCAGACCCUUCUCGGCUACCAAGCCCGCGGAAGCGGCUGGGCAGAGCCACUCCGGCCGCAUCCGUCGCCCUGACCGCCCCGCGCGCCGCACCGCGCCGCCCCGCCCCCGAAGCCCCCGAAGCCCCCCGGUCUCUUGCGCCGCGCUGAUCUCGCUCGCGGCCCUUUGCCUGGCCGGCGCCGGACCGGCGGGAAGCGCCAUGAAGAUGAUGCUGGUGCGCAGGUUCCGCGUCCUCAUCCUGAUGGUCCUCCUCAUCGCCUGCACGAUGCACAUCGCGAUCGACCUGCUGCCCAAGCUGGAGCGGCGCGCGGCCCGGGGCGGCGGCGGCGGCGGCGGCGCGGAGGGCGGCGGCGGAGGGGGCGCCGACUUGGAAUGGGUCCCGUUCUUCCUCCUUUCCACCCACCCUCCCACCUCACAAUCCGUCGCAAAGUACGGUGUUGGCAUCUUAAUGAAACCCAAACUUCAAUGCCAUCUCUCUGUUUGUUUUUCCUUUGGUAGGCAAAACGAAGGCAAUGAAGAUGAAGAAUUUUUACCCACUGGGGAAACGUCGAUUGAUUCCUAUCCAAACUGGCUAAAGUUCCACAUUGGCAUUAAUCGAUACGAACUGUACUCCAGGCACAACCCGGCAAUCGGAGCGUUGCUUCACGAUCUGGCCUCCCAGAAAAUAACGAGUGUCGCAAUGAAGUCGGGAGGCACCCAGCUGAAACUGAUCAUGACAUUCCAGAACUACGGACAAGCCUUGUUUAAGCCCAUGAAACAAACAAGAGAGCAGGAAACUCCCCCAGACUUUUUUUAUUUCUCAGACUAUGAAAGGCAUAAUGCUGAAAUUGCGGCGUUUCAUCUGGACAGAAUCCUGGAUUUUCGCCGUGUACCACCAGUUGCAGGGAGACUGGUUAACAUGACCAGGGAAAUAAGGGAUGUCACUCGUGACAAGAAGCUGUGGAGGACAUUUUUCAUAUCUCCAGCCAAUAACAUUUGCUUCUAUGGAGAGUGUUCCUACUACUGCUCGACCGAGCAUGCUCUGUGCGGCAAGCCGGACCAGAUCGAAGCCUCCCUGGCUGCGUUCCUGCCAGACCUGUCUCUCGCCAAGAGGAAAACCUGGAGGAAUCCCUGGAGACGCUCUUACCACAAGCGCAAGAAAGCCGAGUGGGAAGUCGACCCAGACUAUUGUGAAGAGGUUAAACAAACUCCACCCUAUGACAGAGGGACCCGAGUUUUGGAUAUCAUGGAUAUGACCAUCUUUGACUUUCUCAUGGGCAACAUGGAUCGACAUCACUAUGAAACCUUUGAGAAGUUUGGAAAUGAAACAUUUAUUAUCCACUUAGACAAUGGAAGAGGGUUCGGAAAAUAUUCCCACGAUGAACUUUCUAUCUUGGUGCCUUUAAACCAAUGCUGCAGAAUACGGAAGUCCACCUAUCUGCGCUUACAGCUUUUAGCCAAGGAGGAAUACAAACUUAGCCACCUGAUGGAAGAGUCCUUGCAAAAGGACAAAAUUGCGCCCAUCUUGUACAAGCUGCACCUCGAGGCGAUGGACCGGAGGCUCCGGCUGGUGCUGAAGGCCGUCAGUGACUGUAUAGAAAAAGAGGGUUACAGCAACGUGGUGGAAAAUGACUUUGCGUCCGACAUGAACACUGUUACGACCAAGAGGUAGUGAAAUCACAGGACCCCUUUUAUUAGCUCCAGUGAAGAAGAAGAGAGAAACCUACAGCAAAACCAGAACAGUCUUGCAAGAGACUGUGUGUGCCACUUUGUGAAUUCAGUGAAUUCAGACUGCGAUUAAAAGUGUUCUCAAAGUAGCUAAGGCGUAGACUCUGCAAAGGGACUGGGUUGAGGGCAGGCGCCGGAGGCCUCUCAGACACGCGGGAUCUUGAUGGCUCGUGGGAACUCCCCGCGGUGGCAGCGGAGGGGGCUUGGUCAUCGCCGCGGUUUCCCUACAGCCCCACCUUCCUCUGGCUGUGCUCCUUUUCCCGUUGCCUGUGCCGGAACGACCCACUGAGAACAGAGCUCUGGGCACGCUCUGCCUCAGGCGGUCAAGCCCGUCCCCUCCAGACUGACACGCACAUGUGCGCACGAGUGCACACUCACGUCCACAGGGGUGCAGCUUACCCAGAACCCGGGGAGGGGCUUUCGGGAAGUCAAGGCUGGAAAUUGUGGGGUGCCAGUUGUCCCUCUUCGGGAUAGGUGACCGUACGGCUUGGGCAGACCCUUGUACUUAGCACCACGCCUUUGGGAAGGAAUUCCCCCACCGGGAUCCAGAACAUAUUUGGGAGGACUCACAGAUGCCACCGGGCUCCCAGCAGAACGGGCUUCUCCCUCUCCAUGCAUCACACCUGUGCUCUCUCUCACACGCACACACACACACACACACGUUUUCAUUUGUACAGAAAGCAGAUCUUUAUUUAAUGUUUUGUAUUUAUACAGAAGAGAGUUAUGUUUUUAAGAAAUGAAAACCUGCCCAUUUUUCUUUCCCAAAGAAGAGAGACCAGGUUAUGUCUGCAGCUCACCAACUGUUCUAGAAGGAAAUCCGUCUGCCGCGAGUGGAUGCUAGUGCAGCAUUUCUGUGGCUAUUGAAGUUAAAGUUUGGGGAUCGUGUGUUUCUGCGCUCUCCUAAUUCACAACCACAUGGAAAACCGACGCAGCAAGGGGGAUGCUCGGUUAGCGAGAUGCAGCCAGGUAUGGGUGCGGGGAGUUCAUGACAUCAAAGGGACCUUUCCCACCUGCGCCUUGGAAUGGUGCCACCACCGAAAGGUCCGUGCCAGAUGUCCCCAGUAUGGUCUCCAUGUGCUCCGCAUGUUUAACCUUCAAGGGGUGUUGGGCUCUGGCGUAGUUACGGGUGGCAGGAGCAUUAAGCAAAAAUAGGCUGGGUUUUUGGGCCCAAACUCUUUUACUUUUGGCCUCACCUAUUUGGCCGUCAGCUCUGCCCCGCAGUGGGACAUGGCCCUGACAUGGCUUGCCAAAAUCUGGGUUGGAAGAGGUUUUGCAUCCCUGCUUUAUGGGACCUUAUUUCAUGACUUCCCCUUCUCCAGUUUCCGGUGUGGCUUGGUGGAGAGAGGGUUGGCCUGGGACUCAGGAGAUCUGGGUUCAAGUGCUCACUUGGCCGUGAAGCUCAGUGGGUGACUUUGGACCAGUCAUGGAGUGUCAGCCGAACCUACCUCACAGGGUUGUUGUUGUGAGGAUAGAAGGGAGAGGAGGAGACCCUCAUAAGCCACCUUGGUGUUCUCACAAGAGGAAGAAAGGUGGGUAUAAAUGUCGUGUACUAAUAAUAAAUAAUAUUCAGCCUUUGAGAAGGAAGAUCUCUCAAACCAACCCCGUUCCCCGUUCAAACAAGAACCCGUCCAGCCGCACGCACCUUUCAGCGACGUAGUCAGAAGAGGGUUUUGAUAAUUUGUGCACUGGCAGGAAUACUUGAAUGUGGUUUUACAAAGUGAUGUAAAAAAAGCAAAUUGUACUAUUUAUCCAUAAGAAGGUAGCAGCUCUUAUCUUUCUAGGCUGUCGUAGCGGAGCUGCUGCUUUCCCGACUUUGCUUUUGAUAGUUCCGUGUAAAUAUAUACAUAUACGAGUUCAAACCAUUGAGGAGGAAAAAAAAAACAAAAACCAAGAAGCUGUUUUCAGCAAUGAUAGACUUACUUUUGCAGCAUUUUUUGGUGGAUUUGUUUGCAAUGUGGUCCCAGUGCAAUAAAAGUAUGGCAAAUG